CUUUAGUUAGAUCGGCACAUCUACCGAUAAUGCCUGGUCCUGUGUUUCCCGCGAAAGUCUUGCACAGGGAAGCAGACGUGUGGGCUGUUGCUGUAUACUGCUGCAUUUCAAGAUUUGCCAAUUCUAGGAACCUAUAGCCUAACAAAAUGGGAAUACAUGGACUAGCUAAACUCAUAGCUGAUCAAGCGCCUGGUGCCAUCAAAGAACAGGACAUCAAGAGCUACUUUGGUAGAAAAAUAGCUAUUGAUGCUUCUAUGUGCAUUUACCAGUUUUUAAUUGCUGUGCGUCAAGAUGGAAAUGUGCUACAAAAUGAGGAUGGAGAGACAACAAGUCAUCUCAUGGGAAUGUUUUAUCGUACCAUUCGAAUGCUAGAACAUGGGAUCAAACCCGUUUAUGUGUUUGACGGCAAGCCCCCUCAGCUUAAAUCACAAGAGCUGUCGAAGAGAGGUGAGAGGAGGGCUGAAGCUGAAAAGCUGCUAGCACAAGCCCAGGAGGCAGGAGAACAAGAAAAUAUUGACAAAUUCACCAAACGUUUAGUCAAAGUCACCAAGCAGCACAAUGAUGAGUGCAAGCAACUGCUAACCCUAAUGGGAGUGCCUUACAUUGAGGCUCCUUGUGAAGCAGAAGCCAGUUGUGCAGCCCUGGUUAAAGCUGGGAAAGUUUUUGCCACAGCAACUGAAGAUAUGGACGGACUCACCUUUGGCACAAAUGUCCUCUUGAGGCACCUCACAGCCAGCGAAGCAAAGAAACUGCCAAUCCAGGAAUUUCACUUCAGCAAAAUGCUUCAAGACAUUGGCCUGACAAAUGAACAGUUUAUAGACCUGUGUAUUCUUCUUGGCUGCGACUACUGCGGGACCAUUAAAGGGAUUGGGCCUAAAAGAGCCAUUGACCUCAUCAAAACACAUGGAAGUAUUGAAGAGAUCCUGGAGAACAUAGAUCCCAAUAAACACCCAGCUCCAGAGGACUGGCUGUACAAAGAGGCCAGGGCCUUGUUUCUGGAGCCUGAAGUGGUGGAUUGUUCAACAGUUGACCUGAAGUGGAGCGAACCAGAUGAAGAGGGACUCAUUCAGUUCAUGUGCAACGAAAAACAAUUUAGUGAAGACAGAAUCCGCAAUGGCUUUAAGAAGAUUAUGAAAAGCAGACAGGGCAGCACCCAAGGGCGACUGGACUCUUUCUUCACUGUCACUGGAUCUCUCUCCUCAAAACGAAAGGAACCUGAGACAAAAGCCCCUGCCAAAAAGAAGCUGAAGACCGCUAAUGGCACACCUGGAAAAUUUCGAAAGGGAAAAUAAAUUCCUAAAUGCCUAAUAA